AGCUAGGAGUUGAAGCAAGACCGGCGGGUUCAAUAGUAAAAAAAAAUAUAGAAAGAGGAAAGAUCGAAGCGGAAAACGGGACAAGACGGGUGUGCCGUUGUGGAUGUUGGGGUUGGGUGUGGACCGGCUUCAAGCCGACAUCAACCGGCUCCUAGCCUCUCUUUUCCACCAGGGAGUGCUGGACGAGCAGUUCUUGCAGCUUCAGCAGCUUCAAGAUGAGACUUCACCAAACUUUGUGUAUGAUGUCAUUAACAUCUACUUUGACGAAUCCGAGAAGUUACUCCGGAACCUUAGAUUAUUGCUGAUGGAUAGAGAGUUCUCGGACUACAAGAAAAUAGGAUUACACCUGAACCAGCUGGUGGGAAGCAGUUCAAGCAUUGGUGCUCGUAGGGUUCGUAACGUCUGCGUUGCCUUUCGUUCUGCUUCCGAGCUUAGCAACCGCCCAGGGUGCUUGAGAGGACUGGAGGUAGUAGAGCAUGAGUAUCAUUACCUCAAGAACAUGAUGCAUGAACUCUUCCAGCUGGAGCAGCAGAGGAUAUUAGCUGCAGGAGUCCGAUAUCCAAUGUAGAAUUAUAAUUUUGUCAUAAAAGUGAGGAUAAAUGAGAAAAGCUAGUUAGUGUGUGAUGAUAAUGUUGUUGCAAGCUACCGAAGCCAAACCCUUAAGUUUCUUCUUGUGAUAUAUAUGUUUUGUUGUUACUCUCUUCAUAAAUUCAAAUUAUAUUG